CCCUCUAUACACACCUAUAAUUCACGUCCUACAGCUAAUCAUUUCCUAUAGUCUUUCAAGCUUUCAUACAUAAGACCAGAAGAUUAAUCCUUUGUUGAGGCUGAGAGUAAUUGAAUUUGCCUUGCUGUAGUGCACAUCAAUGGCUUUGGCCGGUCUGCAGAUGAGUUUUUUCGUCUCUGUCUUUGCCAUAAUUAGAAGUGGCCUCUACUUCAGCUUCUUUGAAGGUGGGCUUUUAUAAAUCAACAUGUCCUUCUGCUGAAGCAAUUGUAAGCAAAGCUGUCAACAAAGCCAUUUCUGCGAACCCGGGCAUCGCUGCUGGAUUGAUCAGACUGCAUUUCCAUGACUGCUUUGUGAGGGGUUGUGAUGGUUCAGUGUUGAUAGAAUCUAAACCUGGAAAUACAGCUGAGAGGGACCAUCCAGCAAACAACCCUAGCUUGCGAGGCUUCGAGGUGAUCGAGGAAGCUACGGCUGAAAUUGAAGCCGUGUGUCCUCAAACAGUUUCGUGUGCAGACAUUGUCGCUUUUGCUGCUCGAGACAGUGCUUAUAAAGCUGGUCGAAUAAACUAUGAUGUUCCCGCUUGACGAAGAGACGGUCGUGUCUCUCUGAGAGACGAUAUCCCAAACAAUCUGCCUCCACCUUCCUUCGACGCCACGCAACUCAUUGAGCUUUUUGCAAGAAAGGGAUUAUCAGUGGACGAAAUGGUGACACUUUCUGGAGCUCAUUCCAUUGGUGUGUCUCAUUGUUCUGCCUUCUCCGAUCGUCUUUAUUCUUUCAAUGCCGCACAUCCCCAAGAUCCUUCCAUGGAUCCUACGUUUGUUAAAUUGCUGAAAACCAAGUGUCCAUCACCAAGCAGCAAUGUUGGUGGCAGUGAUCCGACUGUGGCACUCGAUGCUUCGACGCCAAACCGUUUGGACAACAAGUACUACUCAGUUGUGAAGAAUCGUCAUGGAUUGUUGACAUCUGAUCAGACAUUGUACGAAAGCAAGUCAACGAGACAAAUGGUGUUGAACAAUGCAAAAGAUGGCUCAACCUGGGCUUACAAGUUCGGCGAGGCAAUGGUUCGCAUGGGUUCCAUAGAAGUGCUCACUGGUUCACAGGGCGAGAUCAGGAAGCGAUGUGGUGCUAUUAAUUAACAACAGCCCCUUCUCUUCUGCAUCAAAAAUAGGACAUGUUCAUAGUGCUUUGGUUCCCCCCCCCCCACCAUUUAUACAGACAAGAUUGAUUCGUUCUUUAUUUUUUCUUCUGGAAAAAGUAUUCUUUGGCCUUCGAGUUCGUCGAAGAAUUGUGUAUAUGUGUGGCUUUUACUAACUCAAAUAAAUGUCCUACAAAUGUAAUAAUUUGUUUCAAAAUAAUGAUGAU